AUGAACAUCUUGCGCACUGGGGCUAGUGUUCCCCGUGCCCUGCGGCCCUGUCGACCCCAGAGUCUUCUCCGCACUCGUUUCCCCAUACCACCCGUCGCGAGCCGCGCCUUUCACGCCGGACCAUCGUUGUGGGGAAUUAAGUCGCAGGUUCUCAAGGAUGUCGGUGAAGGUAUCACUGAGGUCCAAAUCAUCCAAUGGUAUGUGGAAGAGGGGGCUCAUAUUGAGGAGUGGAAGCCGUUGUGUCAGUAUCAGUCCGAUAAGGCAGUAGAUGACAUUACAUCGCGAUAUGCCGGUGUCAUUAAGAAGCUACACUUUGAGGCGGACGAUACAGUACCCACCGGACGGGCUCUAUGCGAUAUUGAAGUCGAAGACGGGAAAUACCCUGACGAUCAACCUCCUCAUGAGCCAACACCAGAGCCAGAGCCGCCCGUGACAGCUCCAGAGACCGAAAUACUAGCCACUGCUCAAACAGCCGAGACCUCUCCCAUCGAUCCUCAAGUACCAGAGGAAACCGUCGAGAUACCCAAAUCCAAGCAUGCAUCCCUUGCCACGCCAGCCGUGCGAGGCCUCCUCAAAACCCACAAGGUGGACAUUCUCGACAUCAACGGAACAGGCAAGGAAGGACGUGUCCUCAAAGAGGAUGUUCUCAAGUACGUGGAGAGCCGGGACUCUCCCGUAUCAGCAGUCUCCCCUCAAGUCACACCAUCCAUUACACUGGACACCCGGCAGGCAGAGUCCGAAGUCACCCUUACCCCCAUUCAAUCCGCCAUGUUCAAGACCAUGACCAAAUCCCUCAACACUCCACAUCUACUAUACGCCGACGAACUCAAAGUAAACGACAUCACUUCCAUCCGGAAGAAACUCGUCAGUGACGCCCGUGAUCCCAAGAAGAUCACUUUCCUCCCCUUCGUCGUCAAAGCCGUCUCCCUAGCCCUGAACCAAUACCCCAUUCUCAACGCCCGCGUCGACACCACCGACCCCAACAAGCCCAAAAUCAUCAUGCGGGAGAAGCACAACAUCGGCAUCGCCAUGGACACGCCAAAGGGCCUCAUCGUCCCCAACAUCAAAGACGUCGCCAACAGAUCCAUCUUUGACAUUGCCGCCGAAAUCUCACGCCUCAGCGCCCUAGGCAAGGAAGGCAAACUAGGGCCCGCCGAUCUAAGCGGUGGAACGAUCACAGUCUCGAAUAUCGGGAAUAUCGGUGGCACCUAUGUGGCACCGGUGAUUGUGCCGACGGAGGUUGCUAUUCUGGGCGUUGGACGGACUAGGACGGUUCCCGUGUUUGAUGAUCAGGGAGAGGUUACGAAGGGGGAGAUGGUUAACUUUAGCUGGAGUGCCGAUCAUCGGGUUAUUGAUGGGGCGACGAUGGCGCGGAUGGGGAAUCGGGUGCGUGAGUUGGUUGAGUCACCUGAGUUGAUGCUUCUUGAAUUGAGAUGA